UUGGACUUCUCCCGCAGAUUGUGACAUCCACCGGUUGUGGGUUGUUUGCCUCGCGCUAAAACACACCGAUGGAGCUUUUCAAGAUAGAUCGAGGUUUGUUCUCUGUCAUGAUCUCCUGAAGAAAGAUAACGGAACGACUCUUAGAAAGGAGGAAGCCACUUUAUAUUCAUCUAUUGAUCUAUUAUCCCCGGUGCUUUUUGGUUCCCUGUCAAAGUUGUAAAGGAUCAGCUGGAAUGGAAAUAAUUCGCGUAUGUCUCCUGCCACGUCUGGACCGUUGUAAAAAGUCUCAAGAAAGAAUGAAGUAACCGCUAUGGAGCCGGACAAUGCCCCGUACUCCAAACUCAAAACAGCUGGAGUCGGGGGGAGAGCUCUGAUACUCUGGACUAUUCUCUAUAGUACCUGUUUUGUGGGACUAACACAAGCACACCCUGAAGACCAUUUGAUCUCCUAUGUGGACGUUCUACAACAGCUGGGGCUUACAGGGACGAGGACCGGAGGAGGUGUAUCGUCCACAGGGGCCCGCUUCGCACCCCAGGGGGUCAUCCCCUUUAAGUCUGGGGUCAUCCUCACCCAACGGGCCCGGGUCCAGGCCCCACUGUCGUCCGUCCUACCCCCUGCCUCCUACCCCACCACCAACCUGUCUCUGAUCCUCAGCCUGUGCUCCCACCGCGUCAACAGCGCCUUCCUCUUCACCGUCCUGUCCAAAAGGAGGAGACUGCAGCUGGGGGUCCAGUUCAUCCUGGGGAAGGUGCUGGUCUACGUGGGCCAGAGGGACUUGGUCAGUUUCGAUUAUGACGUUCACAACGGCCAGUGGCAUAACCUGGCCCUGGACAUCCGAGGCCAGAGGGUCUCAUUAUAUACUUCUUGUGGGAAGACUAGUGUACAUGCAGAUCUGCAUUCUAAAAAAGAGGAGGCCCUGGAUCCCGAGGGUUCUUUCCUCUUGGGUAAGAUGGCCCAGAACUCAGUGCAGUUUGAGGGCGCCAUUUGCCAGUUUGAUAUUUACCCCUCUGCCAAGGCAGCUCAUAACUAUUGUAAGUACAUUAAGAAACAGUGCAGGGAGGCUGACAACUACAGGCCUGUAAAUCUCCCAUCCCUGCUACCUCUGAUCCCCUCAGACCUAAACCUUACUGUCGCCCUCCUCACCCCUCUAAUGCCGACUGAAAUACCCAGGAAGGCCCCCAGCCCUAAUCUGGCCUUGACUGAGGAAAGAACCAGGACUAAGCUUGUUGUCCCAACUAACCGCCCCACAGUGGCGCCGACCCUCUCUGUGCGUAAGAGUUUUGUGACACCAAAGCCUGGAACUAUGUCCCUGUCUCGUCCUGUGGCUGUCGCCCCGACAACGGCCAGGCAGGGACUAAAGCGCCCCUUAGUGGUCACAACCCAAACUGUUACUGUACCCCUCAGGACCAUCGAAACACAAACAUCCCCAAUGCCAAAGUCCCGUGGCGACAGUUUAGCUAAAAAGAGCACAGCAGUGGAACCAGGUGUUAAAACCCAGAAACCGACUGAGAGCAGUUUGACUGCUGCACCACUUCUUUCCACCACCACAAAGCCACCAAAGAAGAAGCCAGACCACCAAACCACGGCAGCAUCCAAACAAGGCUCUUCUUCUUCUGCUUCUUCUUCAAACACCUCUGUCCUCUACGUACAGAGGAAGCAGCUGACCGCUCUGGCUGCACAGAAACCUGAGCCCAGAGUGACCAAUGUGGAGGCUGUCAAAGACACCUUGUUUAUCCCUGUCACUCCGCCUGCCACAGAUGGCUUCCAAACCUGGGACUUGGAACCGACCCAGUUCUCAUUGCUGGCUGGGCCGGGACCACCUGGACUAAAGGGAGAACCAGGACCCGCGGGACUUCAAGGACCUCCUGGGAAGCCAGGGACGCCGGGGAAGAGGGGGCCUCGGGUGAGUUUCUCCUGGUUGUGUUCCUGUUCCUCUCGGACGACACUAAAACAACACCUGAGAGCCUCACACCAGCGUUCCUCAGCUCAGUCGUCAAGCCUGCGGGCGGCUAGCCGGCUAGCACUCAAAGAAAGCCGUGCCUGCCUGAGGAAGAUAUCACCCAGCCCUGCAGGGAGGCAUGGUGCCUGGUGCCUGAGCCGCCAUCAAAGGAGCCUUUGUGUUGUGGGGAACUGA